AUGGAUAACCUUCACUUGCAUGUCAUAGCUGUGAUCCUUUACUUUAAUCUUCCUGGAUCAGUGGGAACCAAGUCACAGCGGAUUUUUCCAGCUACACAUCAACGUUCAGAGUGCCGGUGGGAUGGGCAUUUCUUACUGAAUUGCUCUUUUACCAGAAUAUCUACUAUUCCAGAAGAUGUAUCACAAAUAGCAGGAACAGCUGAUUUGAGUUACAAUAAUAUUAAAACUUUUGUGUGCUCUGAUGGAAGAAAUGAAGAGUGGAUGCUAAAACACCUGAACCUCAGUAACAACUUGAUUUCUGAACUCACUUUAACUACUUGUACAAAUUUACCCAUUUUAGAAACUCUAAACCUCAGUGGUAAUGCCAUCCAUACCAUCACACUGGACAUACCUACACCUGCACAUGAGUCUAAAAAAUACAGCAUUGUUGAUCUCCUGCCUGCUUUGAAAGUUUUCUUCUUCCUAGGACUAGGCCUCCUGCAGUCUUUACAAACUGUCCAUAUGUCAUUCAAUGCCAUACAACAGAUUGAUCCAAAGGAUUUUCAAAACUGUUCACAGCUGAAGGACAUUGACCUGCGAAACAACAAGAUAACUAAAAUUCAUCCAGAUGCCUUCAGAGAUCUCAACAAAUUACAGGUUGUGGAUCUCCGUGAAAAUGCUCUGACAAUCCCUCUACCACAGAUACUAGUCAGUUUAAACUUUUUUCAACUUGAUGUGUAUUUUUCAAAGAAUGCCUGGAUAUUUAACUGCAGGCUAAAUGCUUUUAAACAUUUAUUUAAUUUUGUCUUUGACUCCACAAGGAAAAAAUGGAGCCUUUCAUAUAGUAAGUCUGACAAGAACUCCCACAAACCUCUGCUGUAUCUUUCAAGUUUCCAUUUAAAAUGCAAGGACAAUGUUUUGCUCAAAAAGGCCACAGUCCCAAUGGGUAACACAUCAGUGCUGACCUGUAACUUGGACAACGCAAGGGGCAAUGGAGUCUCUUGGUGGACACCUAAGGGCAGAAUUUCAAAAAAUCACAGUCUUCCUCAUAUGACACUGGAUGAAAUGAGUAAUUUAGUGAUAUACAAUGCUAAGAAAACUGCUGAAGGAUUAUAUUUGUGUCUUUUUAAUACAACAAAAGAGAAAUAUCUCAUUUACAAUAUAGAGGUGAAAGAAGGAGUUUCAGCAUUUUUGUUUAGAAAAGCCAGAGACACUAACACUGUUUUUAGACAGAAAGAAACAGAGCCCAACUUCGCACUGGCUGUCUCCCUCUCUGUGCUCAUUACAUUUGUUUGUGCUUUUUGUCUGGGUGCUUUUGCUAGACCCUACCUGGAGAGCCUGUGGAGACUCAUGCACAGGAACAAAAAUUCAGGUUCAGAACGCACGUAUUCUAAUCAAGCUUUUUCAGAUGAAACCUUUGACAGAGAGACUUCUGCUAGCAAGCCAACAAAUACACAGUGUAAUACAUUAUUUUGUGAUAAGAACUCUUUAAGAAACACACAGAUUUUUCCUAUACAAACUUCUACUGUGUAUGAAAACGUCACCGGCAGUGGUGUACAUUCACCAAAUCCCAAAGCAGAGUACCAGAAACAAAGCAAUACUAAGAUCAACACGAAGAAAAUAUCAGCAUUUUCAAAGGUCCGAUCUAGUAUUGACAACAAUGAAAGUAUAAAUGUUUAUGAUACUGGACUAUUUUUUGUAAGGACAGAUUGCCAGAACAGCAAUGAAAUAACAUCUAACAGCAAAGUAAGAAACAACUCGGGUCUGCUGCAGUCUGAGAUCAGAAAAGCUACACCAGAUUCUCCAGAAAGAAAAGGUAUUGUUUCACACAAUGAACACAGGCACACUGCAAAACUUAUGCACAGAAGGCAAAGCUGUGAAGAACAACUUGGUCUAAAUAGCAACAGAAAUAAACCUAGUGAUUUUGGAGAUUUUAUUUCACCCAGCAGCUCCAGAAGAGAUGCAGAUAUUGAGAAUUUUAGCAUCUAUGAAACAAUACUAAAUUCUCCCCUUACAGAGCAUUACUGUAAAAGGAUACAUUCAGAUGAAAAAGAUGCUUUAGCUGAUAUAUUUGGUGACAUUUCCUCAACUGAAGGGUCUCCAUUCACAAUGAGUGACUGUAGUUCUUUAGCAGACUUUGAACUGGAACAACCUGGUGUUAGUGACAACCUGCCAAUCUGUCAAUCAUCGCUAGAUGAAGCCAAUACAGACAGUGGAACUGAGAAGUUCGUAACACCACCAGAGUCUCCAGACAUUACUGCUGAACUUCAGCAGAUUUGGGAAAACAAAGAUAAGAACAGUGCCUAUUUUGAAACCACUAUUAAUUAUGGAUCAGAUACAACUAUGCGUGAAACAGCAUCCCCUUACUCUGAUAAAUGCAGUGGCCACGUAAGUGUAUCAGAUCUAGAUACAGUUAGUUCUUCAAGUCAAGAAAUUCCAAAUACAUUUGAUUAUAUUACUAAUGCAGAGUCAACAGUACAAAACUCUAUUUCUGAUUCUCUACACAGUCAAAGUACAGAUUUUGGUAACACAGUAGUUAAGUUAAAACAUUUUCCCACAUGUGACACAGAGAAAACUUCUGAAGAGGAUGAACUGCAGCUGUCUUUGCUUCCCAGAGAACCACAGCAUUCCCUCAACUCCAGUCACACAGAACAAAAAGAAAAUGCACCAGCAGAAAGUACAGAUGAGAAUAUAGCCAGGAACUCCCCUGAAAAGAAUCAUGAUGAAGCAGACAUUACAUUAGGAAGAAACAUGAGCACAUCUGAGGACAAUGGCUUUAUUUUUGCUCCCAUUGAUACUGGUUUGAAUGAAAUUGUUAAAGAACCAUCACUGCUGCAUUCCAGCGAAGAAUCAUCUCUUCAACUGCUGCCUGAACAGACAGCUGAAGAACAUUUCAUGUUUGUUACACAACAAGAUGACUUGAUACCACAGGAGAAGCAGGCUUGUGGAGAUAAAAUGCAAGGAGGUUCUGAUGAGAAAAAUUCUGAUGGAUUUACAGAAUUACCAGAUACCAGCGAUUGCAGUCUGCCUGAAGAAACGCAGUCUUGUAAUCCUACUGCAGUUCUGCUGCAUCUUCAAAGUUCUGGGAAAACACAGUCAGAAUUUACAACAGAUGACUGCUUCCAACAGAAUGAUGAGGAUGACUAUUCCUUCUCAAUCCCGAAAGGUUUCUUCAAUGAAAGCACACCAUACAGUUCAUGUUCCUUCCCACAAAAGCCUACAGGAAAUACAAACUCUGAAAGCACUGAUUCCACCAAGAUGAAGGAUCACACUACUUUAAUAGACCUGGAGAACCAUUCUGCAACAACUGUAGAACACCUCCAAAAUUCCAGUGAAAAUCUCAGCCAAAAAAGUCAGACAAAUUCAGGACAGGACCAGUUUUUUGUUAAGAAGAAAAGAGCAUUUGAUGGAUUUGCUAAUAUUUUGCAAAGCAGGAGAACAAACUUCAAUAGUUGAAACACAAAAUGGUAAU